GUGGCAGUAGCUCGUUUCAGUGUCCUAACGGCGCUCUGUCGAUGUCUGUGUUUUUGUGGUCUUGUGUUAGUCCGAAUAUUCUGAAGUGUGUGUAGUAGUGUCCGAACAAAAUGGCUUCUCUUGCUUCUAUUGAUACCGGUGCCUCAGUGUAUCAGCCAGCACAGCUGCUAAACUGGGUAUACCUGACCCUUGCGGAUCAAUCCAGCUCUAACGACCAGAGUAAACUCCACUUGCCCUCCCUCACAACGAAGUAUCUGCAGUCCAAGAACAACUACAUUGGUUACACUAAUAACAGAAGUCUUAGCCCAGCCUCGUUAGUGGACCUCACCGACCAUUUCUCUGAUCUGACUCUUGAAUUCGAUAGAAAAGUUACCAAGAAACCUCCGCCUAACUACUUGUGCCAUUUAUGCUUCAAGAAAGGUCACUAUAUCAAAGACUGCCCACAGGCUAGGCCUAAGGGCGAAGGCUUAACACCAUAUCAAGGAAAAAAGAGAUGCUUUGGUGAAUACAAGUGCCCCAAGUGUAAGCGAAAGUGGAUGAGCGGAAACAGCUGGGCCAAUAUGGGCCAAGAAUGUAUCAAAUGUCACAUAAACGUUUACCCCCAUAAGCAGCGCCCUCUAGAGAAACCCGACGGAUUAGAUGUUUCUGACCAAAGUAAAGAACACCCUCAGCACCUGUGUGAAAAAUGCAAGACACUUGGUUAUUAUUGCCGAAGGGUUCAAUAAAACUUAAAACAAAAAAGAAACUAUUUUACUAGUUUACGUGAGAUUUUAUUAAGCUAAACUACGUUUUUGUAAGUUAUAAGCUCAGUUUUAAUUUCGAGUUUAAUAUUUUAUACUUUUGUUCUUUCAGAGCUGAAAAAUUAAGAUAUUCAUUUAAUAUAACAAUAAUAGAAUGUGCUUGUUUUCACGUUUUGUACGAAAAAAAAAAAAGAUCUAAAUAUUUGAAGGCUUUAUAUACUCAUAAAUUGUUCUAGAAUAAACGCGAAUUGAUUUCGUAAAUGCAGCUAAAUAGGUGUUUUGUGCUUUGUAUAUAUAGAAAAAUACUUUUGAAACGUAUUUAUAUUAUUGAAACAUCCAGACUAUCUCUGAUGUAUCGGUUCAGUGUGAUUUCAGAGUAUCACAAUAUGUGAUACAUUUCCGAGUAAGGUUUUAAUUUAUAUGAAUUUUACCAAAUUCAGUUUACUUCUAAUAGACUUGUAUAUAUUCAUAAGGUGUUUUCUACUGAGAGAGUCAGUAUGUUAGUUGAUUUCGUUAUAACUUUGUUUCUCUGGUAUUUUUACGUGUAAUAUAAAAUCAGUAUUUCAUGGUAAUAAAUCCAAAAGUGGGUAGGUGUUUUCGGACAUAUUAUUUUUGAGGUGAAAUCCAAAAUGACCUAAGACUAUUUAAAUAAAUAACACAAAAUAAUAAAGCUUGAUCAAUUUAUAACAACCAUAAACGAAAUUAAGAAUUUAUUUUCAAUAUUUAUGUUUGAAAACCUACCUUUGAUCCAAGUAUUAUCAACCACUUUAAAUGAAUAUUUAAUUUGGGUCUGAGUAUAUCGAUUCAGCUAGCAACAGAUAUGCUUCUUAAAAACCAGAUUCAUUUGUGUUCCUUUUGAGCUAGGCACCCCCCCCCCC